AGAUACACCCUCCCCUCAGGAAGCACGCAAUCCCCUUUCCCCUUCCUCGCACGCGACCUCCUCGUCUCCCUCACUCACGCCUCUUCUCCUCGGCCCCCCGCGCGCUGUCCAUCGGCGGACGAGGAAGGCCGGUGCCAGCAACGACCGCAGAGAGCUACGUCGGUCGACAGUGGAGGUGCGGCUGCGGCCGAUGGGCAUAGCAGAGCGAAGCGGCGCGGCGGCCGAGCGCGAUCCGUGGACAUCGACCUUAGAGACCAAGCUGGGAGGAAGGAGGAGAAGAGGCUGGAACUGGGGGGACUCGGCGGAGGAGUAGAGGCCGCAGCGGUGGAUCGGAGUUUGUAUCGCGGGACGGCGGUGAGGAAGGCGAGCCGGAGGUGCCCUCGCUGCUGCCCCCACCACUUCGCGUCUGUACAGGUCGUUGCUGCCGCUGCUCUUCUUCCGUUAGGAAGAAAGGUCGAUAAAUGCAACAAGGGAUUAUCAAGUACAAGAAGAAGUGCGUGCAUGGGACGAGCAAGCUAAUUCCUGGAAGCGGACUUACUGCUAUGGUUGUGUUAAUGAUGACAGAGUGUUCCCAUCGUUGAAGCCAAACUGACAGAUGAGCCUGGUGUUGAUCCUUUUGCUCAAAGGAGGGAAGAGAAGAAGAGCAGCAUCGAUAAACAAGAAAUUAACAGACGUGGGAAUUUGAAGAACGGGCCAUCGUCGGAUUUUCUCCCAGGUGAGGGGAGGCGUUCAGGGGAUUGGCUACGAAGGUGCUGGCCACCAAGCGCCGAGCGGCAGCUAGCCUACAACGAAGAUCUGCACAAGGGCGCUACAAGAUCUGCAUGGACGUCCUAGAAUCCACCGGUCUGUAGUAACAUGAGUCCCACGCUCGGCCUCCUGCAAGGGCGACCUUUCCUACUCCCAAAAGCAGACCUGGUUCAAGAUCAGAGGCAACAAGUAAGCUCCUACUAUGUGUCUAUGUUAAUCUGUCAUCUCAGUAUAAUUCAUCCCCAUCCCACUACAUUUAGUUUAGUUCAGUUAAGUGAUUAGGCAUAAUGCACGAAUGCAAGCAAGGUUGGGAGGAAUGGGUCGAUGGUGUCAUGCCUCGGCGCACGGGACCAGGUAAGGCAACUUGCACUUUGAUUUCCAAAGUGGUGGUUUGGACUUUGGACAGUACUAUAACCCGAUGGUCAUCUUCUCGAUCUACAUCAGUAUUCUGUAGAGGCUGUGAACAAGCUUGAGGGACCUGAAAGUUGAGUGAUGGUUUUCCUUUUUUUUCAAGUAUUUUAUAAUUUUUUAUUCUCCACUCUAAACAGUUCACUUCAAUAUCUCUUACACAAAAGCAACUCCCAAGGGCGUUCUGAAGCUUACGAAAGUGGAAGGCCUAAACAUCUAUCAUCUAAAGACUCAUUUGCAGAUACUACUUUAGGGUUAUUUCGCCACUUCACUGAAAAUGAAACCAAACAUCUCUUCUUCUUUUCUUUGUUGAACAGAAGUACCGACACACAAAGUAUAUUCCAUAGAUCAAAGAAGAGUAAAUGUGUAUAUCGCACAAUUCAAAGGUUAAAAUAUUGUUCUGCUAAAUACCCCCAUCAUCUCAGUAGUUUGUGGGUCAUUACGAUCAGCAUUUACGAUUUGCAUCAAAGUUUUCUAUGCAUGCAAACAAAACUACUCUGAUCAAGUUGGUAUGGAGUUGGACACCCAGACUUUUUGCGCAUCUAAGUGUCGUGACAUUGAUUGUUUCAUCUAAUUCUCCAUGUGCCAAGUGAUGUAAAUACUGAAAGGAUUACCAUUUUAUUAUAUUAACAAAGACAAUCGUUUCCUGUAACUACUACAGUAUCUUAGACCGAUUCCAACUAGAUGGAACUGGCUCAAUUGUACAAGAAGUACAAGGACCAGGGUAUGAUCUAUCUGCAUAUGAUCAGUCCUUGAUUUUCAGUUAUGAUAUAUUAUGCUUACAAUUUGAUGCAACCACAGGUUUUGAGUUCCUUACUUUCCCAUGCAAUCAGUUUGGUGGGCAGGAACCUGGCAUUAAUGAGUAAAUUGUUCAGAUUUCUUGCACUCAUUUGAAGGCCGAGUAUCUGAUUUUUGACAAGAUAAAUAUGUGCUUGAUACUCCCUCCUCCUUUUUUCUUGGUGGUUCUCUGCUUCAAGCUGAAAGAAACGAUUGCAUUUGUGUACAAUGUACACUAUGACUGCUUCCAUGAACAAUUACUAUAAUUUGAUUGAGGAAACACGAUCCAGCCUGUGUACUCUAUUUUUAUGCAGUCUGAGCGAUAUAAAAUCUGAAACCAAUGUUGGUUAUUAAAAAAUCAGACUUUAGUUGUACCAACUGACUGGGCGUGUCCGUGCUCCUGUGUUCUUGGGGCUACGAUAACCUCCUUAUGUGCCCCUCAGCAUUAAUGAGAUAAUGUUGGUCCAAUGCUUAUAAUUUAAUCAGUGGUUCCUACUGAAUUUUUAAAAGGUCUAUGCCUAAUUUGGUGUUGCUUAUUCAAUUAGCUUCACAUGUUGCAACUAAUCAUGUUUGAUGUGCUGCCAUGCUCUCAGUAUUAUCUUGUUCAGUGCUAUAAAUUUUUUUUUGAGCUUUUGUUCAGUGCUAUAAUUGGGGCCAUGCUCUUAGUAUUGUGUUGUUUUUACGCACUCAACACCUACUGCAGGUGAUAGACUCGUAAAAAAAUCUAAGGUUAAUAUUUAUGCUCAAGGAGAAAAGGAGAAAUCUACACAUCUUGGUGAUGCUGAGAUGUGUAGGCUUUCUAAUAUUGCUUAUUCCUGAUUGAUAUGUCAUCAAAUCAAGUAAAAACGAGUAUGCUUUGAUCCAUGCCACAUCCGUUGAAUGUAACCUCUUGGUACUUCCUACUUUUCAGUAGAUUUUUGAGGGGGGAGAUACAUGGUCUCAAUACUGCAUUCGGUCUAGAAGAAGCUGAUCUGUAUGAGAUGCGGCAGUGCCAGGGGACAGUUGCUUCUGCUAUUUUUGGUUCCAAAACUAUUACUUCAUCGACUCUUUCCUGAUGUGCGGUAUUCACUCUGGAUCGAUGGGAAACUUAAACUUGUGAAGGAUCCUUAUCAGUUGUUAGAGAGAUUCUUGUGGAGGAAAAAUGUGCGCUUCGCUAUUUCCAGGCAUUAUAGACUCUUUGAUGUCCUUGAGGAAGCUGAGGCCAACAAGGCUGGUGGGAAGUAUGAUAAUGCUUCAAUCGAUAACCAAAUAGAGUUCUACAAGAGAGAGGGUUUAACCCAUUAUUCAUCAGCUAAGUUCCUUAUUACAAGCGAUGUCCCCGAGGGCUGUGUAAUUAUAGGAGAGCACAUACCCAUCACCAAUCUAUUCACAUGCCUUUGGUUCAAUGAAGUUGAUCGUUCCACCUCAAGAGAUCAGCUAAGCUUUAGCGCAGCGAGGGAUAAAAUAAGAUCAAGAGUUCUUUUUGACAACUAAAUAAGAUCAGGAGUUAAUUGGACUGUAGACAUGUUCCUGGAUUGUGGAAGGUGUGAUUUUGUUGUUCAGGUACUUUCGAGUUAAUGCUUUGUGCGGCACGUCAUUCCAUUUGCAACCUAUAAGUACUACUGCAUCUUGGUACCGAGUGCAAACUUGUGAAAUUACACAAAAAAUCCCGCAUAACGAUGGAUCUUCGCAUCGUCAUAGGGACUAUCUGAAAACAACAUCAGUGGACAGAUGAUUUUUUGGAAAGAACAAUGCCAGGAUCUUUGACAGAAUAGAAUUUUAUUGGAGUUUGAGGCUAUAUUAUUGAUGAGGUAUCCUGGAGAGCUGCAAGCUGCCUUUCUUGUUUUGAA